GUCAAGAUGCUGGAUUUUGUGUACGGUCUUCCCUUCCUUGUGCUUGAAUUGCCGCGGCUUAAAUUGAAGAGGCCAUCAUGGGUCACAGUGCCUUCCCCCAUGACGGUGUUCGCCUUCAUCCUCCUGUCUUACUUCUUGGUGACUGGAGGCAUCAUCUAUGAUGUGAUUGUGGAGCCUCCCAGCGUCGGCUCCACCACAGAUGAACACGGACACUCCUCGUCCACUACCUCCCACUUCCAGGUCGCCUUCAUGGCCUACCGCGUGAAUGGCCAGUACAUCAUGGAGGGCCUGGCGUCCUCCUUCAUGUUUGCUCUGGGUGGCAUUGGCUUCAUUGUGCUAGACCAGACACACUCGCCCUCCACGCCAAAGCUGAACCGUAUCCUCCUUAUCAUCAUUGGGUUUGCCUGCAUCAUCAUCUCUGCCAUUGCCUGCUAUGCCUUCAUGAAGAUUAAGCUGCCGUGA